CCUGAGUGUCAGUUGUGUGCGUUUGUCUGUGUGUGUUUUUUUAGAGAGUGUAGUUUCUCACCUUGCUUUUUGUCUGUGUGUUUGUCUGUCUGUGUGUGUUUGUGUGUGUGCGUGUGUUUGUCUGUCUGUGAGUGUUUUUCUGUGUGUGUGUGUGUGUGUUUGUCUGUCUGUGUUUGUCUGUGUGUGUUUGUCUUUGUGUGUGUGUCUUUGUGUGUCUGUCUGUCUGUGUUUGUCUUUGUGCCUUUUGGACACCUCUGCCUCACGCUGCCUGUUCACCGGACCACAUGGCGGAAGCAGGAGACCUCGAAAGUGAGAAGGAAGCCGUUGUUACGCUGGAGGAAAAACAGCUACCAGGUGCUGUCAGGGUUCUAUACACAGCGAGGGGAGCAGAGAGGCGAGAGGAUGAGAGCGAAGAGGUCAUCCAGCCUCUGCUUCAGCACAAACACCAGGACAGCCGGGAUGAGAACCACAGAGCAGACACUCAAACAGCGACAGAUGUUGCUGACCCAGAGACAUCUGUUCCACACGAGCUAGAAUUGGCGGGCGGGGAUCAGCGCGGCUGCAGCGGGAGUGUCAGGAGCUUGUGCAGUGACAGCGGUCGACGCGAGUGCCACAUCUGCAGUGAGCAGUUUGAUUCGCACACUUUGCUCGAAUGUAACCACACACUGUGCCAACACUGCGUGGAUGGCAUCAUGAGGCGGGCCAAAGACCCGGGCAGACUGCAAUGCCCCUUCUGUCGGCAGACCACCCCGUUCCCACAGUGGGAGAUCAGAAGACUUCAGGAGGAGUUCUACAGCAACUGUGUCUACGAGGCCACACCGGCCCUCGUCAUCCGUCCUGGCCCUGAACCUCAGGCCGUCAGUGCAUCACCUUUAAGCUGCUUCGCUAACACACUCAGAGACAUAUGUGAAGGCUGCAGUUGCACUUCCCACCCUGUCAGAGGACCGAGACGGAUGGGACCAACCUCGCGCUGCCUCUUCAUCAUUGUCUCCGUGCUGCUGCUCCUGGGGCUGCUGGGCUUUUCCCUGUAUUUGGCUCUUACUUAUAUGAUGAUAACCAUCUUUUUCAGUCAUGGCUAAACUUCUCAAUUGAGGGACUUCAGGUUUUUCCAGAGUUUGACCUCUGGAAAAAGGUUUGUUGAACUUUGUGUUUUCACCAGAGGGACCAGGGUCUACAUUCAGUUUCAGGGGAAAUCCUUAAGGUUAAGAAUGCCUGAUUGGUCGAGUACUUUAAAUAUACUUUGUUUCUAGAGCUUGUCUCAUUUCCAAUCAACAACUUAACAAUUUGAAUCUCUGUCAUUUUUACUUUUGUAGUAUUACUCGAUCUAUACAACAUAAUUGUUGUUCUAUAGUCCUCUGCAUUACCGCCACCGCCUGGCGGACUGGAGUGGAACAGCUUGUUGUUGCUAUUGGUUGUUGGUAGAUCAGCCGGAUAAUUUGCUUAAUCCCCCCUGGUCUUUUGACCACGGUGGAAACGUAGGUAGUCUGAAGGAACUUCUAGUUUCUUUUAAUAAGUUCCAGGUACUUUAGGUUGAAACGCAGAAAAAGUUAAUUGUUUUACAGUUUUUUUUUAAUAACCUCAUUGAUCAUUCCUUCACGCAGCCUGAUCAUUUGAGACACUUCCUUGGACUUACCGAGGAACAAAGGAGAAUGUGAAUAUAAGUUAUCAGCAACAUAAAUGCUUCUAUCAACCUCUGACUUUUUGUUUUCUUUGAAGAAUACUUUGUGCCACAGCGAAGCUAAUGGAGGUUUGACUUUGGAUCAAAAACUCUUUCUGGGUCUCGUGUUGACCUACUUCUCACUAGAACAGCUUGGAUGCUUUGUGCUGUUACUGCUGCAUAUUCUUAGCAACAAAAACCCGGCUUGAUCUCCUUUCAAAGUGCAUAUGAAGGAGACUGGGCCCUACAAGUUCACCUCUUACAUCCAUGUUGUUCUUUCAAAGACAAUGAUGACAGCUAGAUUUAACGCUUCCCUCUUUAAUUGUGGAUGCACUUGCACCUUCAUGUUUGUUACUAUGUAAAUGUGCAAUUAAAUAUAUAUAUAUAUAUGCUGUAAGUAAGUACUCCUAUAAACAUAUUGAUCAUGUCUGCUGUGUAAAAAUUAAAUCAGGUUUUCUGGGGAAUUCUGGCAUUCUAUUGGUCUAAGUUACACUUGGUAUUAACACUUUAAGGUAAAAACAUGUUGAAUGAUCAUCUUCUAAUGUAGAAAUAAACUUGUCUGCUGCAGUUUGUGCUGCGAUGCUCUCCUCGUAUUUAUAUUUACAAUUGUAGAACAGGUGGGGUUGGUCCUGCUGCCACAACAAACUGGGGUUCGAAUUACAUAAGGGACUGUGUAAUGUUUUGUGAGUGAUUUCAGACACAGCUUUUGACGUUUUCGGAAAUAGCAUAAACUGUGAACUAUCCUGAAAAAAGUGUUUUUAUUCUGCUGACCAUUGUUCAUUUCGAUCUGUAAACUCCGUCAAUUCUCUGGAUUUUACGUGCAGGUAAUAUCUGAAAACAGCUUUAGUUAUCAGUUGGUCGUAGAAGACAGAGAGGACACUUUCUAAAGCAAUCAAAUAGUAUCUGUUAGACAGCACAACACUUCUUAUGAAUAGCGCAUGAACCCUUGUGCUCCGACUCAAUAUUGAAACAUAUUUUCAUGACCAAGGCCAAUCUACAGAUGUAAUGUGUAUUUAAAUAUGCCGAAUAAAUCUGCUCUGCUCUGAUGCGUUUGCUCUUGCAUCUCUGAACUAGCACAAGCUUUCCAUUGCACUAAAUAUGUCAGUGUGUUAAAUUGAGCAGAGUAGUUAAAUGUUCACCGUUCUACUUGGCCAGUGGCACUUCUCUGAGGUUCCCCUUAUCUUUGAGUAUGCUUAUCUUA